AUGAAUUCCUCUAACCCACAGUAUGGCGCGGCGUCGAGUACAGCCUGGCCUGGCGGCCACAACCCCGACCUAAGCUCGCCAAAUCCCCAAACUGCUCUUCUGGAACUCCUCUUUCCGGGCUUCUCUCUACUCUCUUCUGGAAUAUACAAAUAUACUAAAGUCGACCUCACGGUUUAUUUUCCCCUGCUCAUGGCUUUGGGCCUUGUUACAUUCGCAUCACGGUACAUUUCCGAUUGGGUAUGGGGCUUCAUGGAUUCGUACAUCAUGUCCACCGCCGAUAUCAGAAUUGACGAUGAAAUGUACAAUAUGUGCAUUUCUUGGGUAGCUAACCAGCAAUUUGCCAAGCGCUCUCGCCGUUUUGUUGCCAACACAAAUCUCAACAGCCGAACGUGGUUUCUUUGGCGGGAGUACGAUAAUGAAGAUGAUGAGGAAGAGGAGCAAGUCACGGUGGAUUUUGACGAAGAUGGCAACCCCGUCUCCAAGGUCAGCGGCAAAGAGGAGAAGAAGGUCCGGUUUACACCAUCCUUUGGCACCCAUUAUUUCUGGUAUCGAGGUCGCCUCCUCCUCUUCUCGAGGACCAAAGAUGUGCGACAGGGUAGCUACGGACCCGUCAGUGAGCGAGAGGAGAUAUCCCUGUCUAGCUUUGGCAGAAACCCAUCGAUUCUGAAGCAGCUCCUGGAUGAAUGUCGCUCUGAUUUUAUGAAACAAGAUGAGAGUCGCACGGUUAUCUACCGUGGGGGGCUGAAAUCUGGAACCUCGGAGCCACAAUGGACCAGAUGUGUGUCCCGUGUAUCUCGCCCCUUCUCAACGGUUGUGCUCGACGAGAAGCUAAAGCAAGGCCUCUUGGAUGAUAUGAGAGACUAUCUUCAUCCCAACACUCGCCGCUGGUACUCUAACAGAGGUAUCCCAUACCGACGAGGCUACCUCCUCCACGGGUUGCCCGGAACAGGCAAAACUUCUCUUAGCUUCGCCAUUGCAGGCUACUUCAAACUAAAGAUUUACAUCGUCAGCCUCAACUCCCCAUCCAUGGACGAAAAUAACCUCGGUACCCUCUUUUCCGAGCUCCCAAAACAAUGUGUCGUCCUCCUCGAAGACAUCGACACAGCCGGUCUAACACACACCCGUGACGACAAAGAAGAAACCGAUCUCACAAAAGUUCCCGGGAACAGCACCGCCGCCAAACCCUCCGAGCAGGAAAAGAAACCGCAGGGUCGUAUCUCCCUGUCUGCCCUACUCAACAUCCUUGAUGGUGUGGCUAGUCAAGAGGGUAGAGUUUUGAUCAUGACAACGAACCAUAUUGAGAAGCUCGACGAGGCGUUGAUCCGCCCGGGCCGUGUUGAUAUGAUGAUUAAAUUUGAUCUUGCCACUCAAUCGAUGCUCUCAACCAUUUUCUGCGCUAUCUUUGCCACUCUUGAGGGCGAUAUACCUGUAAAAUCCUCUCAAGCCGUCAUCCGGGGCCCGAAAUCCACUUCCCGUCGCUCGGAGAAUCAGAUAUUGGACGAGCGGCAACAAGAAAAGGAAGCGAUAAAGGCCGAGAUGGAAUUCCUAGACCGGAAGAAGAAAGAGGAUGAGAAAGUAGCGGUGCUAGGCGAGGAGUUUGCAAAUAUUGUUCCAAACAUGACGUUUUCUCCUGCGGAGGUUCAAGGAUAUCUUCUGAAGCAUAAGAGGGAACCUGAGAGGGCUGUUCAGGAAGCUGCCGAGUGGGUGAAGACUAUGAUGACAGAGAAGAAGAAAGAAAUCGAGAGAAAGGCAAAGGAGGAGGAGGAGAGGCUUAGGAAGGAGAAAGAAAAGAAAGCAAAAGAGGAAGAAGAGAAGAAUGCCGAAAACAAGGAAGAUGAAGGAAAUGACAGUUCCGAGGUUAAUGGAGUCAAGGAUGACUAA